AUGAGCGCAAAUUCAAAUUCAGAAAGUAAUAGUGAUAAUGACAAGGAUAUAAAACCGCAAACAUGCAAGGAAUCUGAGGAGCAAAAAUCAAAUACUAACGACAGUACAACAGAAGAGAAAGAUUCUCCCUCUUCUUCUUCUUCAUUAUCAUCAUCAUCAUCAUCAUCCAAUUGGAUAGACUAUUGGAUGUGGUAUGGGGCAAUCCUAUUACUACUCAUUACCAUCUCUUUCUCCUUGUAUGAUAAGUACCACACGCGUCUGGAGUUGGGUUACGAUCAUGAUGAAUAUAUAAAGUAUCUGAAGGAAGAGUGGUCUACGGCUGGAAAUAAACUCCUCGCAGCCGCCGCACAUGAUAAGAGUUUUACAAAUUACCGCAAUACACGUAUCUUCUUUCGUCCUAUUAUGCGCAAAGUCCCAAUACCCAAUACUAGUCCAGUCGCGUACAAACAGAAAAUCGGUUUGGCGGAAGUGGAUAAUGACAAUCACUGGCGUUCAGAGUACGAUAAUGUUAAAGGAGAAUCCAAUAAAACAACAACAGGAAAUAAAAUACGUUGUAUAGAUGAGGAUGAUAACAUACAAGUCUACGUUGUUGGAAUCCGCUCUAAUGGUAUUCGCUUCACCUCCUCCUACCAGAGUGGCGUACCCCCGGACUUCUACAAACUAGAAAACCACGUCUCUUGUCUGCAGAAAGUUUUAUUGUUAAUGUGUGAGGGCGACAAGUGGGAGAUGUUUUGUCCACCCGAAGAGGCCUACGGCGAAGUGGGGAGCGGCGAAGUGCCGCCGGCAGCGACAACCGUCUGGCGGGUGAGUGUGCAGAGGACGAGGGGCGGGGAGGAGCGCACCCGCGAGGAUGCGGAGAGGCGUCUUUUGCGAGUGGCUGUUGAGAUGAAUGAGACUCUGGCUGUUCCAGUGACCCGACGGCGUUUGUUUGAGAAGGCAAAGAUGUAUUUGGCGAACUCAACUGUAAAUGUGUGA